CUACAGAUGGAAACUUAUCAGAAGGAAGGUGUUCGCCACUUCAACUGGGCCAUGUCAUCCCUUCUCCACCAUCUCCGGAAUCGACUGGGUUACAGAAUGGUAGCCCAAGAAAAUCGGGCCUCGCCCUCGGACAACAACCGCGAAGACAGUGACGACGGCCGCCAUCCUCAAGAUGAAUCGUUGCUUCAGAACGACUUUCGAAGUUUUUACGUUGGUGCACUGGUUUUCAACACAGCCUCGUUCAUUCUUCCUGCUCUUUACGGCACACUUUCCAAACUAUGGGUCGCCAACAUCGACCGCAGCAUGGUUGUCACAACCGAUGUGUAUACAUACAUUGGAGUUCUUGCCGAGGUGCUCAAUGAAGGGCUACCGCGAGCUGCUUGGGUCAUCAUUGGGGACAAAUCUUCUCGCUCUCUUGCCGCCCGACUCUCACUCUCGCACACCCUCAUCCUCUUCCAGACUAUUCUCGGCCUGAUCAUGAGUCUCGCCCUCCUCGGUGGUGCCUCCACCUUUGCCAAGGGCUUCGUUCCAAUCGAAGUUCGAGGCGCCAGCCUCACGUACAUCCGUAUCAGCGCCUUUUCUGCCCUCAGCUCGGCUCUCGAGACAGCUGUUGCAUCUGCCACGCGCGCCCUAGACAAGCCCGAUGUUCCGUUGGUCAUCAGCAGUGCCAAGUUUGGCAUUAACAUCAUUUUGGACCUUAUCCUCAUUUCAACUUUUCACGUUGGCAGCCACACACCGACCGUGAACAUGCAGGCCGGCAUUCAGCUGGCGUGCAACAUGGCUGCCGCGAUUUGUGGCUUGGUCUAUUUUCUCUGGAGGACCAGCUGGCCGCAAUACAAGGCGCAGGAAAGGAUAGCGCCAAGCGUGAGGGCACUGGCUGUUCUCAUCCGUCCAGGCAUUCUCACGCUUAUUGAGUCUGCCGUUAGAAAUGCGCUCUACCUCUGGUUGGUAAGUAAUAUUGUGUCCAUGGGGUCUACCUACGCCACUGCUUGGGGCGUGUUCAAUACCAUUCUAUGGGGUCUUGUCACGGUGUCAGUUCAGUCUCUGGAAGCCACAGCUCUCGCCUUUGUUGGUCACCGGUGGGGUGCGUGGAGACGAGAGAUUGGGACAACGACACGCAGACAUGGAAAAGUGGCAUUUAAGCCUGUGAUAUUCAGGGUUGUGAAGCCAGCCCUGACAUCGUUUGGGCUGGCCAUGCUCGUGGAGAUCCCGCUGGCAAUUUUCCUCUCCAUCUGGGGUGCUGGGUCAUUUGCAAAGUAUUUGAGUGCUUCAGACGAGGUUGCAGAGGUGACGGCGUACAUGUGGCGCACGAUAGACUGGUGCUACAUCUUUUAUGCAGCGUCUACUCAACUGGCCACUGUUUUGCUUGCUACAAGGCCCAAGUGGUACUUGUACCAGAGUCUUCUUAGCAACCUUUUGUAUGUCUUACCUUGAGUAUUGUAUCGUGCAGACUUACUAGUACGUCGGCGCCCUAGCGUUGCCUGGGAGACUCCAUAGGCGUUAGCCGCAGCCCGUAUGCUUAGCUUUUCGUUAUUUU